GCAUCUUUUCUCUGGCUUGUAGAUCCCAUCCACAUCAUUGUAGAUAUUAUAAUCGUGCUCAUACUCCAACCAUUCCCAACAUCGAUCACAUCGAUCGUACUCCACCAACAUCAUCCAUAAAAGCCCAUUACUCUUCCCAUCAUGUUCUACAUACACACCCAGAUAUUUUCCCGUUGCAAUGAUUUUUCUCCUUCUCCCCUGUUAAACUUCCCAUCCUGCAAAAGAAACAAUUCCAACCCCCAAGCAUUUCCCUUCCACAUCCACUCACCUCUCCAUUCUAGCCAAGCAGCCCCUACUUCCCUUUCCACACCCUUUUUUGUUUAUGUGGUACAUUUCCACACUCUUUAAAAUAGCAGAAUAAUGAGUUAUUCCUUCCUUUAAAUAUAAUUUAUUCCACACAUCCUUUUGGGUUCCCUCGUCAUCUGUCAAAAUUUCCCUUCUUCCAAAUUAGAGCAUAAUGGUCAAUCCUUGCAACCUUCAGCCAAAAGUUCAAUUAAAACCCCUUCUCUCUGCUUGUUCUCCAGCCUUUAUUCCUAUGGCGUUACGGCUAAUCCGAUAGACGAGCUCCAAAGCGGACCGCACCGAAACGUUAAAUAAAGGGCGAGAAAAAAAUCGUCGCGAUACGAAUGCAGUGUGAUACGAUGACGGAGAGUGAGGCACGCGGCGGAGCGGAGCAGCCACCUCAUCCUCCGUGGCCGACGACGCCGGCGACACGUGCGCCACUGCCUACGCCCGAGGCCGCCAGCGCCGUUGUCGUGACAGCGAGCUCCGCUGAGACCGAGGCUUGUGGAGAGGACGCAUCGGUGGGAGCGGGGAAGGUGAUGGUGGUGGAGCGUCGGCCGGCGGAGGGGAACGGGGAGGCGGGCGCGUGUGUCGUCAUUGAAGUUGGGCGCAGCGGCGGAGGCGCGGACGACGACGGGGAUUGGGAAGCGGAAAAGGUGUGUAGGAUCUGCCAUUUGAGUCCGGAUCGGGCGGAGGAUGUCGCGGAGCUGAUCCAGCUUGGGUGCGGGUGCAAGGGUGAGCUCGAGAUCGCUCACCGGCACUGCGCCGAGGCGUGGUUUAAGGUUAAGGGUAACAGGUACUGUGAAAUCUGUGGUGCAAUUGCUAAAAACAUCACCGGCGAGGAAGACAGCAGAUUCAUGGAGGAGUGGCAUGACAGGAGGGUGUUGAGCAGCAGCAGAGACUCCUCUGGGAGGGGUGGUUGUUGGAGGCGUCAACCCUUCUGUAAUUUCUUAAUGGCUUGCCUAGUAAUAGCAUUCAUACUUCCAUGGUUUUUCCGUGUAAAUAUGUUCUGAAACAUGGCACCUGCUCCACGAUUCCUUGGUCACGGAGAAUCAGAACUUGACAGUGUCUCUCAUGCUUGCCUUUCAAGGGUGGAAAGAUGGUUGGGAUUAUAUGUACAAGUCAUCAGUGAAAUUGUUUUGCAGACUGGCUUAUGUGCGGUGCCUCUGGAGCGCCUGCACUUCAAAAUCUCUUUGGUCUUAGCACUCAGUUACACGAUGGCAGGCAAAUUGGAUAGAUCCACUCAGUUUUUUCCUUUGGUAUUUUGGAGAUUUGUGAGUUGAUUGUCUUUGGUUUCCUGGUUGUCCCUUUUUGGAUAUAAGUGAUCUACAAAACACUUAGAUUUGAGUAAAUAUUGAUAGAGUAAGUCUUUUGAUUACUUAUGCUUGGUGUCCUUUUUUAUUAAAUUUUUGAGCGACCUUAUAACUUGAACAUCAAAACGUAUUAUGUGAUCAGGUGUACUACAUUUUUGUAUAUUAUAGUACGAACUCCAUAGACUGGCUUCUAUGUAG